UCCAACAUGCCGCGACUUCGUAGUGCAUCCAUCACUUCGCCGACGCUUUGAUCUAAUUUCGACACGACAGCUGCAAGUAGAUUUUGUACUUCAUCGACAAGAAAAGGGAGCGGACAGGAGAGGAAAAAAAGGAAAAAAAAUGAGAGGUUGACGAUAAAUCAUGGGUACGAUGAAUUUUGGAAAAGUGGUGGGGGCGUGGAGCGGGAAGAAGCGAUGCGAGGGAGCAAGAGGGAAAGCGCAGGGUGGCGAGUGCGGAGCUACCACCCUUCGUCAGCUGUCCUGUACGAGGCAGCCAGUACGCGUCGUGGCUUCGCCACGUGCUUUUCGUCUCUUUGCAAAGUUCGCGUUUGCCACCGAUCAACCAUGUUUUUGUUUCUGACCUUGUCAUCGUGCUGACUCGCUGACAUCGAGCCGAGAGUCCUCGCGAUCACGCGAUGCCAUCGAUCCGAGGGAUCCCGACCUGCUCGCGAUUGUCGAUCACCCUAUUCUCGUGACCAUGUGACGAACGAAGAAUCUUCGAAACGAGUUCGCCAUGGGGAUUCCAGUGUUUCUUGCUCGAGUGUAAUAGGGAUAAAAGGUGUCUAAACGCUGAGCGUUACAAGCGAAUUGAUGAACGAAUCAGGACACGUCGUGAGGGAGGAUCAGUCCCGAGACACCAUGAAGCAGCGAGUCCUACUGGCCCUCGCCAACUUGAUCACUUCCUAUGCAUCUUUCUUGGCGGCUACAGGGGCGAAAACGUCCACGAGACAGAGGACACAGAGCAACAAUCACAGCAACAUCAGCGAGCUGCUGGACAAUCUGCUUCGCGGUUACGACAACAGCGUCAGACCAGACUUCGGUGGUCCACCGGCCACGGUUGAGGUCGACAUCAUGGUGCGCAGCAUGGGUCCGAUUUCCGAAGUCGAUAUGACUUAUUCAAUGGACUGCUACUUCCGGCAGUCUUGGGUGGAUCGACGUUUGGCUUUUCAAAGUGGCAAAGAAACUCUGGCGCUCAGUAUAUCGAUGCUGGCAAGAAUCUGGAAGCCGGAUACAUACUUUUACAAUGGGAAGCAUAGUUAUUUACACACGAUAACCAGUCCCAAUAAGUUCGUCAGACUUUAUCAAGACGGCCGAGUUUUAUACAGUUCGAGACUCACGAUCAAGGCAGGAUGUCCAAUGAACCUUGAAAAUUUCCCGAUGGAUACGCAGAGAUGUCCACUACAAUUUGGCAGUUUCGGUUACACGAAGAGGGACGUGAUCUACAAGUGGAACAGCGACCGACAAGUAGCAAUCGCCGACGACAUGAAAUUAUCCCAAUUCGAUUUAGUUGCCAAUCCGACUGCGAAUUAUUCUGCAUCGGCGACGCUUUCACACGCGGAGUACUCGAUGCUGCUGGUAUACUUUCAUCUACAAAGGCACAUGGGUAAUUUUCUCAUACAAGUAUACGGGCCCUGUGUCUUACUUGUUGUCCUAUCUUGGGUCUCCUUCUGGUUAAAUCGAGAAGCCACUGCAGAUCGUGUAUCUCUGGGAAUUACAACCGUGCUAACAAUGACGUUUUUGGGAUUGGAGGCACGAACCGAUCUGCCAAAAGUUCCUUACCCCACUGCCCUGGACUUCUUCGUUUUUCUCUCGUUCGCCUUCAUUUUCGCCACCAUUAUACAAUUCGCCGUGGUCCACUAUUUCACCAAGUACGGUUCCGGCGAGUGUUAUUUCAGCUCCGACCUAAGCGAAAGCGAGACUUCCAGCGACGAAGAGGAAACGGAUACGCGGCCAUUGAAGAAAGAACCGGUAUCCCAAUCGCACAAAAGGACUGCCGGAAACCUAGCAGCACGAGGACACCCAAGUCGGAAUUUCACAAUGAACGAGGACGGCAUGAUCGAAGUGAUACCCUUGUCGGCAAUUCCAGAACCCAGCAGAAAUCCUACAGUGGGUCACUGGCAAAUGUCCUGCGUAGCCUGUAGUCCACCUCCUCGUCAAUCCCCUCCGAGUAGAAAAGGAUCCGGUCGAAGACGACGCAGGAGAACGCCAAGAUACAACUCCGUAUCGAAAAUCGAUCGGGCCAGCCGCAUCGUGUUCCCCGUGUUCUUCCUAGCGAUCAACGUGUUCUACUGGUAUGCGUAUCUGUCGAGAAGCGAGCGCAUCAAUUACUACAACGUGAACUCGAAUGGCACGUGAGACCAGGUCAUUAAACGGGACACCAAAGGGAAAUCACGUGUACGAACGUUCUCCACGGGGUUGCUCGUCGAGAAGAUGUCGGUCGACCAAUCUACCAUACUACUUUAAGUGAUCGCGCGCACAAUAAGGAAUACUUCUUUGCGGCGCAAAUAGGGCUUGCGAAUACAGUGGGAGAUAUCGAACAAAUAAAUCGAUAUGCGUUUAUAAGUUUAAUC